AUGUUUAUCCAAUACACUGGACCGUCCUCUGAGACGAGCCCUGGCGUGCGGCGCACCAUUAAUGCAGUUGUGGCCGCCAAUGCGAGCCUCAAUCGGCGGCGCGGACGGGAGGAGAGAGAGGCGAACGCAAAUAACAUCAACGGGGAGGGAGAAGGGACACUGCGCUGGCUGCACGACCGACCGCAUUUUAUCAUGCAACCACCCCAAAGCAGCCAAGUGGCUGGAGAUGAGGAGAAGCGCAGGGAUGCCGAAGAGACUACCCACAGGGAGGCUUACUACGAGAACUUUUAUUUGUCGGAUGGCUCGAUCUACUGGUACCUUGAAGACGGGGUGACCUAUCCAACGCCAAAGCAGCCAUAUUACCCUGAUCUGUUGUUUCGUCGUCAGAAGCUGUUUCUCACCGUGGCGCACCAGUAUCCUGGAACCUUUGCGCACAACAUCUAUACGUCGUGGACGCAGCAAGUCCUGGCAGACCCCUGUCUCUUCCACGCAACGCUAUUUGCAACUUCCAUGUUAAUGAAUGUUAUGCAGCAGAAACAGAAUAACCCUAUCAUACUACGCCACAAGUGCGAAACAAUCCGCCUGAUCAGGGAUGCAGUCGCACAGGCGGACACGCAUGGGCUGCGGCAUGAGAUUAUAGCUGCGACAACAUAUCUGGUUUACUUUUCUAAACUCCUCGGCAACUUCGAAGAGGCGCACAAGCAUGAUCUUGGUAUACCUGCAAUGCUCCAGUUCAAGGGGCUCGCUCCUGUCGCACCCGAUACGUAUACAAGCUAUCUGCUUAGACUUCGCGAUGUCUGGAACAGCAUCGUUGCGCACGCCACCUCGCUUUUCCCAUCCAUGGCAGGGCCGAGACCGAGCUCGGGCCACUAUACCAGCUUACUUGCAAUCGCGGUCCAGAAACAACUAGAGCGGCCCCCAGAUCUUACGCUUCCGGUGCCCAUUGUGACCUUUUUGCUGGCGUUCAACAACCAAUGCAUUGACAUGAACGAAUCCCAGUCGUCCGAGGAUACCCUCCUCACACCCGCCCCCACAGCCGAGCCCCUGGACCCACCAACCCUGCACGCCAUGCAAUGCAUCUUGGUCGCAGCGACGCUAUACUGGACAGCAGUCAGCCGCGACGCCCACGAACGUCCAUACGACAAAACAAGCAAUGACGGGUUAAUCCAAGCGCUGCGGACCGCAGUCAUCCAGUCUGACGACCUAUUCUGGCUGCGCCUCGGGCCAGAGGUGCUGCGGUGGAUUCUCAUGACGGGCGCGGCCGCUGCGGCGUCGUUGCAGGACCAGGCGUGGUUCAUUAUGCGGGCGUACAUGGUGACGGCGCUUAUCGAGCCCGCGGAGAUGGAUGCGUUUCUUGUUGGCGCGGAUCAUUUGCUCUGGGUGUUUAAUCAUUGCGCAGAGGCGCAGGGCGGUCGUUGA